GCUGAAUGCAGUGCGCUGUAGCCUGUACCAUAACUUUCGCUCAGCUGGAACCAACAGUAACAGCUGGAGGAUUGUGGGUUCAACGUCCUGGCGGGGGGGAGAAUCCUUCCAGCCCUGCCUAGAAUUCCACAGCCCACUUACACGGGUCGUCUCGAUGGUAUUUAACUGAUGGAACUUAUAACCAUAUGCAGGUCCGUAGAUCAUAGCUCGAAACUGUAGAACUCAUCAAGGCCGAUAGGGAAAACUUAUCCAUUCGUUUGGUCCAGCUGCUUCUCUUUUUAAGUCUCUUUUUAUCCGUUUAAUCCGAGGGAUAUACAAACACACCUUCUCAACUGUGUUCAUCAUGAUGAGAGCGAAUUUCUUGCUUGGCAGUCUUAUCUCCUUGGCCUCUUACGGCCUCGGCGCCUCACCGGAUACGUCAUCCUUUUCAGCUGCCGACACUAUACAGCGAGACAUUGCUAUCAUUGGUGGUGGCUCUUCAGGUACACACGCGGCUAUCAAAUUCAAGGAUGCCGGCAAGACUGUCGUCGUCAUUGAGCCUCAAGCACAACUAGGAGGCCACGUGAAGACGUUUACCACCUCUUCAGGGGUACGCGUCAACUAUGGCCCUUCCAACUUCCAAAACAGCACCGCCGUCACCGACUGGUUCUCUCGAUUCAACAUUCCCAUGGUGCAGUACCAGCAGCCGGGUACAGGCGAUAAGUACGCUGACUUCAGCACCGGCAAGGAGCUAGCGGAUGGAACACUCCCUCACCCUGACUUCGGUGCAUACCUCCAAGUGCUUGCCAAGUUCCCAUACUUGGAAGACUUUGCGCACUUGCCCAACCCGAUUCCGGAUGACUUGCUGCUGCCAUUUGGCCAGUUCGUCGAGAAGUACAAGAUCCAGAGUGUCGCGUAUACUCUCGCUCAGUUCGCCACUUCCAACGGCAAUGUUUUUGAACAACCGGCGCUGUACAUCUUGAAGGUUGCCGACAUUCCUUACGUCCAAGGCAUCAUCAACGGUGCCGUCCUAGCCCCGGCAUCAUAUGACGCCCAAUCAGUCUUCCAGAAGGCUCAGGAUUUUCUCGGGUCCGAUGCCUUGGUCAGCUCCACCGUCAGCAGUGCCACCCGAUCCAACUCUGGGGUCAGCCUUGUGGUCAACACACCCAAGGGGAAGAAACUCAUCAAGGCGAACAAGUUGCUGGUUACCGCGCCCCCGAAGGUCGACAAUCUGAAGCCACUGGGACUCGACUCGCGCGAAUCAGGCAUUUUUUCCAAGUUCCAGAACAAGGCGUUCUACACCGUUCUACUUAACAACACCGGCCUCGAGGAGGGCUUCCGCUACUACAACGCCAAGCCCGACGCGGGCAACACCUACAACGUCCCCACACUGCCGGUGUUGCAGUUUAUCUGGGCGACCAAGGACGUGGACACGUACUGGGCCUGGUACAGCUGCGUCAACACCCUGCCCGACGAGACGGUCAAGGCGAACAUCAUCAAGGACUUCAAGACGCUGGCCCCCGGGUCUAACCCGCAGAUCAUUGCCUACUCCAACGCCGGCCCUUCGGGAGUGGGCGUCUCGGCCGAUGAGAUUAAGAAGGGCUUUUACACGGACCUGUUCAAGCUGCAAGGGUACAAGAACACCUGGUACACUGGCUCUGCCUGGAUCUCCGAUCACUCGGCCGGCCUGUGGAAAUGGGUAUUGGGCAUGUACUAGGACCGGAGUUGAGCAUGAUGCAUCCCCCUUUUUUCGUUUGCUUUUUGCGUAUCGUAUUCAAUUCUCAUGGGUUUAUUCCCUGUUGGCUGUAAUAAUAGUCACAUAUUCUAGUUUGAACUUAGUACCUAGAUGCAAUAUCAACUUGUAACAUUAAAAAGCUUUGUCAGACAUUUUGACAUCACAUGAGUUUGUAUUCCCACCUUCAUGUUUUUACUCAAAAAAAAAUCUUUGCUGCCCAUUUUUUUCUAGUCUGAUAUUGAAGGGAGUAAGUAUGCCAAGCGCGGUACUCGCAUUGUUUAAGCUUUUGGCUGAGCGGUUGCUCGUCAGAC